AUGUCGCUCUUGACUUGGAAAGCCCCGGUUGACUAUGAAGCCCAGCAGGCUGCAUUUGAAGAUUUCUUACAGAACUAUAAGUCAACCUCAACAGACCUAGAAGCAAUAGAAGAUCUCAAUCUCGAUGGCGAUGCAACGGAAGAUGAAUAUGAUACCAUGGACGAUGUAGUAGGGGGCAAGCCAACAAGACAGGGCAAUGGAACGAGAGGACCGCGGCAAAAAUAUAUGGAUUUGCUACAGAAAGUCGCGGAUCGGCAGCUGAAAGAAGUCAUAAUUGAACUGGACGAUUUGGAUAACUACGAAAAGAGCUACGAAGAGCAGACGUUACGAUUAGUCGACUCUAUAGAAAAAAAUGCGAAACACUACAUUGACAUAAUUUCUCAAGCAGUCGAUAAAGUGAUGCCAAACGAGACGAAAGAGGUCAAUUUCAAGGACGAUGUUUUAGACAUUAUCAUGUCACAGAGAGAGAAAAGAAACGAGAGUGUCGUGCUGGCUGCACAAAAUGAAAUCGAACCAUCAAGGCCGGAGUCGAUAUUUCCUGCAGCAUUGACGAGGCGAUAUACACUCGUCAUCAAACCCCAGUCGCCUGCCGGGGCUGAUAGUACCAAGAGCAACAAGGCUCUUGCGGUUCGAAACGUACGGGGAGAACAUCUUGGGAGGUUGAUCACAGUGCGAGGAAUUGCGACAAGAGUAUCCGAUGUCAAGCCAGCUGUUCAAGUCAACGCCUAUACCUGCGAUCGAUGUGGGUGUGAGAUAUUCCAACCAGUCACCUCGAAACAAUUCACGCCUAUGACUGAAUGUCCUUCGGAAGAGUGCAAGCAAAACAAUUCCAAAGGACAGCUCUUUCUCUCAACUCGAGCAUCCAAAUUUCUACCUUUCCAAGAAGCGAAGAUCCAAGAGAUGGCAGACCAAGUACCUGUCGGUCAUAUACCGAGAACACUCACUAUUCACUGUCACGGUACGGUUUGCCGGCAGAUAAAUCCGGGAGACAUCGUUGAUAUCGCCGGUAUAUUCCUUCCUACGCCUUAUACCGGCUUCAAAGCGAUUCGAGCCGGUCUUUUGACGGACACUUACCUGGAGGCGCAAUAUAUCAACCAACACAAACAAGCAUAUGAUGAUCUCACAUUUGAUGCCAGGACUUUUCGGAGAAUAGAGCAGUAUAAACACUCCGGUCACAUGUACGAGUACCUGGCAAAGUCGAUUGCCCCUGAAAUAUACGGCCAUCUUGAUGUGAAAAAGGCUUUACUUUUGCUCCUAAUUGGUGGUGUCACAAAGGAGAUGGGCGACGGCAUGCGCAUAAGAGGCGAUAUCAACGUCUGCUUGAUGGGUGAUCCUGGUGUAGCCAAAUCGCAGCUCUUGAAGUACAUCUCUAAAGUGGCUCCUCGCGGCGUAUACACCAGCGGUCGAGGAAGUAGUGGUGUCGGUCUGACCGCUGCUGUAAUGCGAGAUCCAGUGACCGAUGAGAUGGUGUUGGAAGGUGGUGCUCUGGUCCUGGCAGAUAACGGAAUUUGCUGCAUCGACGAGUUUGACAAGAUGGACGACAGCGAUCGAACAGCAAUCCACGAAGUGAUGGAACAGCAAACCAUUUCAAUCUCCAAAGCCGGAAUCACCACGUCUCUCAAUGCUCGAACCUCCAUUCUCGCGGCUGCUAAUCCCAUAUAUGGCCGCUACAACCCUCGCAUUUCACCCGUCGAAAACAUCAAUCUUCCUGCCGCACUCUUGUCGCGUUUCGACGUCCUCUUCUUGAUGCUUGAUCAGCCAACUCGGGAAGCAGAUGAAGAAUUAGCAAGCCAUGUCACCUUCGUUCAUAUGAACAACAAGCAUCCUGAAACCACGGGCGUGAUAUUCACACCUCACGAAGUUCGACAGUACAUUGCUCAAGCACGCAGCUGGCGACCAGUCAUUCCUAAGGAGGUCUCAGAAUACAUGACAGGCGCGUACGUGCGCAUGCGACAGCAACAAAAACGAGAUGAAGGCGGGAAGAAACAAUUUUCACACAUCUCUCCGCGUACGCUUCUUGGUGUCCUCCGUCUCGCGCAAGCUCUAGCCCGAUUACGCUUCUCAUCACAGGUAGUGACUGAUGAUGUGGAUGAGGCGCUUCGAUUGAUCGAGACGAGCAAGGCGAGCUUACACAAUGAUGGGCGGGGGAUGAAAGAUCAGAGCCCGAGCAGCAAGAUUUACAAUCUUGUUCGGGCGAUGAAAGAUAGUGGUGCUGCAGCUGUGGGUGAUGGCAGUAGGGGAGAACUUAGUAUCAAGAAGGUGAAGGAGAGGAUCAUCGCGAAAGGCUUCACGGCGGAUCAGUUCAGCCAAGCGGUGGAUGAGUACGCAAUGCUUGAUGUCUGGCAAACCGCUGCCCAAGGCACACGAUUGGUGUUCAUUGAGUCUGGUGACGAUGUGGACAUGGAUGAAGAUGAUAUUUAG